CGGGGAGGCGGUCAACCCAAUCUUUGUGGUCCGGACGGAUGAGCGUACGAAGCAUCAUUUGAGCGGUUUGAUGUGCCCGCUCCAUUUGCCCGUCCGUCUGUGGAUGCCGAGCCGAACUUGGUUUCAUCUUCGUGCCGGACUCCUGCAUGAAAGCAGUCCAAAAUGUCAACAUGAAGCGAGUGUCGCGGUCGCUGACUAUGUCUUCCGGUACACCAUGGCCGCAAAUCCAACCGGUGUGCAAGAGGCGUGCCACCUCGGGAGCCGUGGAGUAGUACUUGCAAGGGAGAAAACGCGCAUACUUACUCAAACGCUCCACAACUGUGAGGAUGCCGUCGUGCCCAAGGCGAUCGCGGGGAAAUGGUCCGGUGACAUCCAUGGCAAUGGAGAGGCCGGGUUCUCGUGGGAUAGGCAUCCGGCGCAACUCGCCGUAGGGGUUGCGAUUGCGGGGCUUGCUUCGUCGACGAACUUCGCAAGAGUCGCAAUACCUCGUGACAUCGGUAAUGAGGUCGGGCCAUCGGAAUUGUUGUCGAAGCCGUGCAAUAGUGCGGUUGGCUCCGAAAUGGCCGGCGAGUCACGAGUCAUGGUACUCCCCGAGAAGGCGAGUCCGACGACGACGGUCUCGUGGGACACAUAGGGCAUGCGAUUGACUGCAAGAAGACGUUGCGGCUCAUCACAAGGGAACACAUUGGAUGAGUUCAUAGUGCCACCGACAGCACGGCGGAGCAGAACAACGCCGACCGCGGAUGUUAAUGAAGAGGCAAGAGAGGGUGUUGUGGAAGACGGUGGUGGAAUGUCGUGGACGUCUGCACACGGAUCCACGCGUGCCAGAAAUCCAGGAAGUUUACACAAGCAUCGAUCAAAAGGUUGCACGCUCCUCACUGAUGGCUGCACAGAUCGAAGGUACAGACGUGUGAUGAACUUCAUCGGGGCCGGAGAAAGCGGUGCAAUCCUUUUAAAGGUUGUGGAUGUGUCGAAGAAGAAGAAGACCGCAGCCGCUUUGGCAAUGAUGUGGGAGCAGAUGAUCAGAGACAUUGGGGUGCAACGGGUUAGUGCAAUCUGCACAGACAAUGCGGAAGUCAACAAGCAAGCUGCGCGAAUCCUGCGAAGGCGUACAGAUCGUGACAUAUCAAGCAUUCCAUGGGUGUCGUGCACAGCUCACUGCUUGAACUUGUUGAUGAAGGAUAUCUGCGAGCUGGACUGGGUGAAGGAAGUGGUGCAGCGCAUGAAGAUGAUGGUCAAGUUCAUAAGGAAACACCAUAUCACCGCCAGCCUUUACAUGAGGUGCUUAGAACUUUCCAGGGAGCUGACCUUGAUUUUGCCCACUGAGGUCCGGUUUGCUUCCGCAUACAUGAUGAUGUUCCGGAUUUGCGGAACGAGGUGUGUGCUUGAGGAGAUGAUGGACGAAGGGUGGAGGAAGAUGGACCGCAACGGCACAACCCCCCCAAACCUUUGGCACUUCGACGAAGGGUUGGGCAAGCGUCUGAAGAGACUUAGGCAUUUGACCGAUGACCAGCAGCAGGCGAUCAUGAAGGCAGUCGACCAGCGCACGAAGAUGAUGAGGCAGCCUGUUCAUACAACAAACUUUCUCCUUGACCCAAGGAGGAGAGACAACAAGUGUUUGAUGGACAUGCACUCCCCGCUAGUCCAAAACACCCUCACGUUCUUCUUAUCACAGUGCAAAGAGGAGGCUACUUGGGGGUGCAAGGAGGAGCUAGAUCUGUGGGCAGGCUUGCAAGCUUUCCACAAGGAGCCAACUAAAGACAUGUUGGUAAAGGAUCCAGUGAUAGGGAAAGUGGUGGAGGAGAGCUUGUGGACUGACUUCGCGAAGUUCAACAGCUCCUUUGCUCAAAUGACAGCUUCCGAAUUGUGGAACCUCCAUGGGGCCUCUCAUAAGAAGUUGCGAGACAUUGCCAUGACGAUGACAACGAUGUGGAGCACUGUGACCCCUUGUGAGAGGAACUGGUCCUCUCUCGAUCUUGUCCACGACAAGAGGAGGGGUCCGUUGUCGCCUGACAGCCUCGCCAAGUUAGUGUACAUCCACUGGAAUCUUCAGCUGCAGGACAUCAAGAAGAAGAAGAGCACGAAAAGCCUGGCAAGGUACUUGGACAUGUGGAAUGCAUUCUUUAACGAUGUGGAGGCACCAACACUGAAUGAUCCUGCGGUGUUGCCCAAGGCUGCAACUCCAGCAGACUUUAGUGAUGACGAAAUUGGUGUGGACGACAAGGAAGAGGAUAUUGAGGAGAGCGAGGAAGAUGACGAGAACUUUACGUUGCGGUCGCCAAGAGCAAGCGACGUGUCCAGCAACGACAACGAACUGGAUGACGACCUCACACGUAACGUGGAGCGGGGUGACCAUGAUAGUGACUUGGAGUUCUUGCGGCCUCGGGGGAUGGACUUCAACGUAUGCGUCGAAGUGGACAAGGACUUCGAUGACGACGCUGAGAGAGCGAGGGCGCAGUCCCUUGCUCAUCGUGAUCGCGCCCUCGUGGAACAACGGAUUCGAGAGGAAACAGCAAAACGAAGUGUUGUCCCCCCUCCGAGGAAGAUGAACGAUACAACGAUGGGAACGGGCGGAUGCCUACCAGCGGAGGGGGUUCAGCAGCAGCAGCAAAUGGAAGGCAUAUGGAUGUGUUGCGGCAACAGCAGUAUCAGCCACAGAACAGAGGACUGCAGUGGCAGCAGGAGCAGCAGCAAGAGGAUGGGCAGCAACAACAGCAGCAACAACAACAACAAGGACUAGGGCAGCAACAACAGCAACAAGAGGGACUGCAUCCGCAACAGCAGCAGCACAAGGAUGGAGUGCAGCAGCAGCAAAAGCAAGAGCAGGAUGGACCGCAGCAGCAUCAGCAGCAAGAGCACG